UAUCCGUUACAAAAAGAUAUAGGUAUACAAAAGUCAAUCGUUACAUAAUGGCAACUCUGAACACGGAAAGAAUUACGCUACGGGGCAAGGGAUGCAUCGGCUGCGUGUGUGUGCGUGCGGGUGCACAACAAAAACGAAAUUGAAGAGGGUCAACAUUUUUCCCGCCAUUCCCAUAAGGGUAUAAAACAAUUUGCUUUGCUGAGUUCAGCAUCAGUCGGCGUCAGGACACUCAUUCAUUCAGAAGGAUUAUAAUAACAACCGAAUCAAGUUUUUAGAGGAUGGCUCGUACCAAGCAGACCGCUCGUAAAUCCACCGGAGGAAAGGCUCCCCGUAAGCAGUUGGCAACGAAGGCCGCUCGCAAAAGUGCUCCGUCCACCGGAGGCGUUAAGAAGCCGCAUCGCUAUCGGCCGGGAACGGUCGCUCUGCGUGAGAUUCGUCGCUACCAGAAGUCAACGGAACUGUUGAUCCGCAAGCUGCCGUUCCAGCGUUUGGUGCGUGAAAUUGCCCAGGACUUCAAGACCGAUCUGCGCUUCCAAAGUGCCGCCAUUGCUGCACUGCAGGAAGCCAGUGAAGCCUAUCUGGUAGGAUUAUUUGAGGAUACCAAUCUGUGCGCAAUCCACGCCAAACGCGUCACUAUUAUGCCCAAGGAUAUCCAGCUGGCUCGACGCAUCCGUGGAGAACGCGCCUAAUUUCGACCAUGGAACUUGUUUUUUUACUAAACCACCCAAAAAGGUCCUUUUCAGGACCAGCAAAUCGGAUGAAAAGUUGAUUUGUGUUUUCUCGCAAACGUCGUGCCGGUUUUUUAGUUUUAUUACGUGAUGAGUGAAUUUGUUUAGAAAGUUAACUUGAACUACUUGGGAACGAUAAGUGUGUGUAAAUAACUAUAAUCUUUAAAGGUGUUUCCCAUUCUGAAGUUCUUUUGUUCGUAAAAUUUCCAUUGACGUUUUAAUAACGAACUUAGUUUGAUCUACUUCAUGGCACUGAAAAAUAUUACUGAGACAGUAGCUUGGUGCGAUAACAAAAAUCCAGUAAGCGCAUAAAUUCUAAACUUCUCACGAUGUAUAUGUAUAUAAAAAUCAAAAUCGUUUUUGAAUAAAUUUUCGAUUAUUGAAAGUUUGUCUAUUUACGUUCAAUGGGUUAUUCGAACUCCCUGUUUGAAAAUUCUUUUUCUUUCGAAUAAUUUACGGUAUUUACAAAUGGCGUUUACGACGCUGGCCAAAAGAAUGUGUAACGGAAAGUUUAGAACAACACGAAAGCCAAUUAGAAACCUACUUGGUUUAAAACUCUUUGUGAAUCCUACUUAAUGGAGGUACACAAUUGCGUAGCUACGUAAAUAAAACUUAAACAGUAAAACAGUUGAGAGUCAUGGCGUUUGUUUACCCACUAAUUUACGAAGCCCUGGCAACCGGGGGUGGGACCUUCAGGGUAGAAUGAGGCGCAGUAAUUAAUCGGGCAAAGAAGGCUGCGCACUUUGGGACAGAUGAACAAUGGUGUAUAUUUUGUUUUGGCAAAAUUACGAAUAAGUAAAUUGACUUGACGACAGUAUUGAUUCUGAUUAUAAAUUUUUGAUGUCUAAUAGAUCACCUAGCAAGUUUUUUUAGUUUAGAGCUUGAAAUUUCUCUGACACUAGCAGAA